AUGUGUUAUAACCAUACUUAUGAAUUUCCAUCAAUAUAUCAAUGGGAUAUACAAUUGAAUAGAGACAUAAUAAUGUGGAGAAGAAAAGAUAAGAAUAAUGCAAUACAUAACAAAAAGAAUACAUAUGAUAGUAAAGGUGACGAUAACAAGACGGUCAAGUUACAAUUUAAUUUGAUGGUGACAUCAUUGAUACUUUGUAACUUGGAUUUUAUUGAUAGAGUUUGCCUUUUACUCACUUGCAAGGAUAUAUAUAAACAUAGAAAACAGCUGUAUUCAUUUAGAAACGAUCAUAUCUCACAGAUACCUGGGUCGGUCGGUAUUGGUCGUGGCAAGGAUACCUAUCAACUAGGCAACGAUAGUGUGCAGCUAUCUCUGUUUCUACCAGUAUCAAACAAGACCGGUAAAAUAGUUAGGAGUAAUCGAGAGAGAAACUUUAAUCCGUCACCACUCGUCCUCUACUACUACGAGAUGACCAAUGUCGCCUGGAUCAACGAAUACCCAUUCACCAAUAUAUCAAUGCACCCACAUCCCAAGAUCGCCAUCCCUCCAUCAGUCUCUGGUCUAUCGAUUGAAUAUUAUUACCCAGUAUCUGAUAUUCAUCUACGUCAAGAGGUUUUAAAGUUUAUCAGCAAUCCUAGUACGUCAACCAUCCCACCCAUCCCUUUAACAAGUACAAUGACAUCAAAACAAAUCAAGUCUUUGGAACCAUUACCAAUACUACCAAAUACAAUUUCCAAAUUAUCAAUUGAAAGUAAAUAUUUCAAAGUUUUAAAGACCAUCUCUACAACAACACCUGGAGUAGUGUCGCUGGCAAGUAGUAUUACACACUUGGUAUUGAGUUCAUUCCAUUUUGCAAUGUAUCAAGCCAAGUUACCAAACACGGUGCAAAGUUUGACUGUCACGGUCAAUGCGUCGGACAAGGUCAGUACUGCUUAUUUCCCAGACACUCUGUAUCUACUUGACAUACGGUCUGCACUUGGUUCAGAUCCGAUAACAAUCGAGUUUACAGGUCUACUUCCUCCACUCCAACACUUUCGUGUUGAUAAACCUCCAUCGACCACUCUACUAUUUGACAUGGACCAUCUGGUCAGUCAACCCACUUUAAAAUCGGCUAUCAUGACAACACCUCUAUGGCCAAUCAUGGCAUUACCAAGAUCCUGCUCGUUUUUCGACAGUCUUUGUCCAGACACGGAAUUGGGACAACCGUACAAUGGAGGUGUCAAAGCAUUAUACCUUAGUACCCAUAUCCCACUAUUCAAAGCAAUCCCAUCGUCGGUUGUAUAUCUCUUGUACAAUCAUAUUACCAUUAUGCCACCACAACUACCAUCAUCGUCAAAUGAACAACCAAAGAAAGAAUUAGAGACUGUUCAAUUAGAUAUACCUAGUUCAGUAUUGUAUUUAGAGAUGGGAGGUUCGGUCUCUUCAGAGAUUGAGAAAUUGGGUGCACUCCCUCCACACCUAAGAUAUCUGUCGUUUGGUGGUGAUGUGAUGACUAGUCCCAAAGACCUGUUUCCAACAACACUAUCUAUACUUUCACUUGGUGUACCUAAAAUCGAGUCAAUCACAUCAAAUAUUACAACACUAACAAUUGGACGUGAGAUUUACGGGAAUGCGUACAAGCUACCCGACACGAUCACAUCUCUAUCGAUUAUGGCUAGUCGAAAAUUCCAACUUGAACAUCUACCACAACAUUUGGUCACACUGGUAUGUGUCAAUAUCCACCUCACAAAGACCAGUCUUCCCACACUUAGAUCACUCACCUACACCGACGUACCAGACUCUGUCAAAGAGUUACCCGUCAACAUUACCUCACUUGGUGUGUUUGGUCGUACCGAUCUCUUGUCAUGUCUACACUUUAUGUCUCCGUGUUUGACGGUGAUGGCAACAUCGGGACAAUUCUUUAGAGAUGUUUGGAUACAUGAUAUUGUACCGCCAUCAGUCCGACACUUGACACUCUCCAAUACCGUUGUCAUUUUAAAACAAAUACAAUCUUUAAAUUUAAAAUUUAAAUCAAAAUAUUAA